AUGUCGCUUUUGACCCUGAAGACCCGCCGGUCGGCGUUUGGCACCAGCGACUGCCAGCAAAUCUUCUUCUUGCAUCCUGGGUAUCCCGAUGGACAUGAUCUCCUCCUCAGUCUUCCCGCCUUCGACAGCCGAGGUAUUCAUCACGAAACGGCCCGCAUCGCCUGCGCCAUUCUCGCCAAUUCCCGCUGGGAUGGCUUUCUCUCUCUGACUAGAGAUGGCGAAGCGGUGCCAGACGCAAGAGACGACGUACUUGUCAAUACGCGCUACUAUUUUCGAAUCCCAGACGAUGAUCAGUACCCAGUCGUCCCGUCGUAUGAAAACUUUCGCUGUCCGACCACCCUCCCCGAAUCAUGGGCUGCCGAAAGCCCGCACAUCGAGCCCACCGCUACGGAUGACGUGGGUAGAAGAGACCAGACGUGCCGUGCGACAGCCUCGACGCUCGCUAACGAGGUUGCACACAUCAUACCCCAGGCAUUAAGCGAAUGGUGGCAGCGCAACAGCAUGUUCACCUACACUGCCAAUCCCGACCUCUCUUCUGAUAUGCGGUGUGCGGAUAAUGCAAUAUUGCUACGUCGUGACCUACAUAAGUUGUGGGACGACCACCGCUUCGCUUUUGUCCCUAAGCAAGGUAAAUGGGUUCUUCAUGCACUAUGGAGAAGCCCAUCGAACGAGCUUGAGACAGAGUACCACAACCUAGAGCUACAGCCGCUCUAUGGGGUAGCGACACACUUCCUUUUUUGUCGCUUUGCCCUUGCUAUCCUUUCUAAGAGUGUCUUUCUCAGCCAGAGUGUUGAACGGAGACUUGUGACACUCGAUGGUGACGAUAGACCAUUGGUGCAGUCUAUGUCCUCUAACGAAUACAGAAAACUUAUUUCUACGGCUAGGCGGGCAAACAGCCGUAGCCAAAGUCCUAAGAAGCGGGCACGAUCGGCGCAGGGCACUGAUGAAACCGAGAUAGAUGAAGCCGAGUUGGACUGGUCUGCAAGCAGCGCGCAGUAUGAGCAGCGAGGACGACGUAGGAGGAGGAUAUGGUCGCCUGAUGCUUCACCGGGCAGGGAGGAAGCAAAAUUUAUCAACGACAUACAACGAUCGCUCGAUACGCCCCCACGAUCGACCAGCCCAUUACUCUGA